AUGGCGUCACACGGUAUAGUGUACGAUCUAUUCGACGACCGCUAUCUGGAACUACAAGAUGUCGCCGGCAGCGUCGAAUUGCUGCCCACGCUGGUACCCUACGAUGAGUAUACCCACUGUCUUCACGUCUAUCGCAUGAACACAGGCCCCGAGCUAUUCAUGGCUCUGCUUCAGGAUUUCACCAAACGUAAAUCAGCUGAGACACGCAAGGAGCUAUGGACCUGGUGUGUGCAGUGGAAAGUUGAUGAAGCUGCCACUCAUCAACAACUCACGCCUCCGCAUUCACCCAAGAAGCCUCGUCUCGCCGCGCCCUCAAUCAAAGGCCAUGUACGUGCCAUCAACCCACAGCUGAUGAAAGAGGGAGAACUGUUGCGGAUAUUGCUCGGCAUUCUACAGCAACCGAGCUCGAUAGUCCCCAACUUUAUCGAAUUCCUAUACCGCUGGAUCGACUAUCACGAAGGGGAUGGGAUGGCGCUCAAGGCGGCAAUGCACAGGGAGAUCCCGAGCCUGUGGGCCUUUGAUUAUCAUCCGCUUGUAUUCCCGCAAGAUUUGAAGAAGAAGAUGGACGAAGCGAUUCACAGUUCACAUAUCAAUACAGUUGCUGAGAAGCUCGCGCAAGCUUCCCAGACCAAAACAGUGCGCGAAAAGCCUGAUUUGAAGGAACUACAACGUAAGGUGGAAGAAAGCGAACGCCUGCAGUACCGUGAAGUCCAGUUCGGCAUACAGCCGCCGAAGCUCAAGGAGCCCCUUCCACCUCUGAUCAACAUACCACGCGACCCAGUAAAACGAGUCAAAUUCCACGCUGCAUGCUUCGAAUCUCGCCAGCGUGCGUUCAAUCUGCUCUUAGAAGCCGGCAUGACCGCAACACAACUUAGAGACUACCAGAAAGAUCAAGAAGAGGACCCUAGAGACACGCCGCUAGCUUUUGGCAGAGAUGGUCUCCAAUUCUACAGAAAUGAUGCCGAACUCGCACAGAGAGUUACUGGUAAACAGGACAAGCACGUGGACAAGACUAUGGAGAUCGCCAUCAGCGAGAAGCUGGCGUUUGAGGCUCAGUUUGCGGGUCGCAGUGCUACACCAGAAAAUUUCCUUCAUUUCCCGCUCAUUCCUAACAGGCCUGGACCAGUGGCGGCCGCGGUCGUGGUUCCUACUAAUGACCUAGGUAACGAGAUGCUACGCAUGGUUCAGAAGACCAAGAAUCGUGGCGAGCAUUUCAUCAACAUCAUCCCUGCACCUCUAGUGGGUAAGCUGAAAGGCGAGCUCUUCAAGAGCGCAAUUGAUAAGGAUGCUCUUCUCAAACGAUGGCAAAAACUCGGCGAACGUUCAGGACCACGCUUCACCGAUACAUCGGACAAACGCAAAUCAGAUGCAGAAAGUACAGGAGAGAGCAACGCAGGCGAAGACAACGACUCAGACGAUGACGAUGGUGCCGCAGAUAAUGAACCAGACAUGUCACUCAGACUUGCAACCUCUGCUCAUAACCCAAGUCUUCAUGCUCAACAUCCGGCUUUCGCAGUCACAUUGACCCCACCCCAGGAAACCCAUGGUCAAGAGCCGCUCGGUUCAUUAUUGGCGCUACCUUCUGGUCCUUCAUAUACGAACUAUGGACCUUCUCCGAUGCCCGGUCAGUUGCCACCGCCUUCACCUCAAGUCCCAAAUGUACCUAGUGGUUUCAACGGAGUACCUUCACACACAUCUGGAAGUGGUACGUGGCCGCCAUCUGUACCUCAAGAGCCGAACUUCUCAGGUAAUCCAACCGGUACAUCGUCGUAUACAUCUGCUUCUGGGUUGCCGCCACCUGUGUAUCCACUGGCGUCUUAUCCGUUCACACAAAACCAACAGCAGAUUGGCCCACCGAGUUUUCAACAGGUCCCUCAGCUAUCAUCUUCACAUCCUGUCGCAUCAACUCCGUCUACCCCAGCUACAGUGCCUGCAUCUGCACGGCUUCUUGCAGCUAUGCAGCCGAACCAGAGCAGUCCUACAUCCGGCCAAGGUUUUCAGAAUGGCGGACCAUCUGCACUCCAAGGUUCAGGAAAUUCUGAUUUCAGCAACAUCCUCAACCAGUAUCUACGACCCCAAGAACAGCCUUCUCUUGUACCGAAUUCAUUCCUCGCGCCUCCCGGUCAGGGUAUCCAGCGCACUGCACCAAGUCCGCUCCGCUUGGCCCCAGCACCAUCUCCCUUCAACACUGCCGUGCCCUCCCUCACAGGCGCAUCUCCCUUUCAGCAUCCUGAGCUCGGCAUGCCCGUUCAAAUAUACUUCAGAGAAAUCCUAGUCCCUGGUAACCUCAUCGGUCCCGGAGGAGCAAAGAUGGGCAACGACGGUUGCGUAAAGACCGAUGCCUUUCUCGUUGGCUACGCCCAACCCGGCAGCGGCAAGAUCACCCUGAGCCAUGCCAUCUUCCUUUCAGUUGGCGUAUGGGAGAACUGUAUGGACAGGGUGAGGAAGGACAAGUGUAGUGUGUUAGAGUCAUACCACGGUCCUCAAGACAAGAUUCACGGUACGACACCGGUGCCGUAUCGGGCUGCGUACGAAAAGCUUCGUCAAGCGUACAGUAUGAUGCUGUCUUCGUCACCUGAAGCACGCGAGGAAAAUGUUACGAAACGCUGGCGUGUGACCCCAGGCCGAAUGUCGGGGUCGGAGCGCGGGUCUAUCUGGGAAGGCUGGGCGGUUGGCUUGGACAAGGAGAUUAGCAUGAGUAAGCAGGAGAGGGAAGGUGCGUUUGUAAGGAAGGAGUUCAUUGAUCAUGGUGUGGAGAUCAGGUAUGAUAGUGAGAAGGCGAGGCGGAGGAGGGAGCAUGAUGAGUUGCUUGCGGAAGAAGAGGCUGCGGGAGUGGAUUAUGGCAGUGAUAUGGACACGGACGAGGAUUGA